AUGCAGCCCUUCAAGCCCGACUUCCUGGAUGCCCGGGCCUUAUCCUCCCGCUCGCGGAGUCCCAGUAUCGUGUCCAGCGAUUCAUCUCGAGUCAACCUCAUGUCCCCGCCAUCCGUGAGGCCCGCCCCAGGGUUUAUCUCGUCAUCUGCAGCUUCAGAAAUUAUCUCCGCCGAUCAGGAGUUCGCCUCCGACUUUGCUACCGGCGCCACCGCGCUGGUAACACCGGCUGCACUCCAGCUCUUGAACGGGUUCCUGGAUAAUUUCCUAUUCAAUAUUCUUGCCUCUUCCAAAUCGACCCAGCUCGCAUCCAUUCGAAACGCUAUGGCCGAUGUGCUGAAACCCCGCCUGGCUAAAGAGGUCGUUCAGGCGGCCGAGGAAGAGCUCAGUGAAUAUAUGGGCGGGGAGGAGGACGAGCAAACCGAAUUUCGCGGGGGACAAGAACCUGGCGGCGACUUUGAUCUGGUUCGGUCAUGGAAAUUGACCCGAUUGAGAUGUAUGGUCUACACACGCUUGGGCGACAUGGAAGAAGACGACGAGGACGAGUAUAUUGCGGAGGACGGUCUUGGCGAGACCGACGGGGCACCCCGCAGAUUUACCAGCCACGUCGACAAUAUUACGCCUGCAGCGUCUAUUUUCCUCACCUCGAUUAUCGAAUGGAUUGGCGAGCGUGCACUUGUUAUCGUUGGCGAGACAGCUAGGUCUCGGUUGUUGGCACAGCUCAACGACAGUGAUGAAUUUAUCGGACCCAACGAUGAGCGGAAACGAAUCGAUCAGUUUGUGGUGGAAGAUCUCGACAUGGAGAAGUUAGCUCUUAACCCGACUUUGGGUAGACUUUGGCGUACUUGGAGGAAGCGCAGACGCGGAACCACUAUUUCUGGCACUCUAUCCCGUGAAUCGUUCCGCCGUCGUGGAUACUCGAUGGGGAAUAGCCGGAAGAGUAGCAUUGCGACCAUUGAGGAGCCGAUAACUCCCAGGGAGCCUCUCCCUGGUGAUGUACAGGCUGCUGAAAGUGCGUCUAAAUAUCAAUGGCCUUCUGAGCCCGUUCAGCAGUCUGUUCUGCUGCAGCAGGUUGCUGCAGCAGUCCCUCUGCCCAUGUCGGAUUAUGACGUCCAAGAGAUUGAGGUCCCGGGUUACAUUGGUGAUAUGGAGGAGGCGCAGACCAUGGAGGCGGUGGUGGCUCACAAGGUCAGACCACGCAGUCUCAUGGUCUUUUCGUCGCCUUCUCUUCUUUCAAAAUCUUCUGGUUCAGCGAAUGGCUCACCCGUUAGUGCAUCAGCCAUUGAACCUGCUAAAUCGAUCCGUCAUAUUCGCGCAAGGUCUCUGCCAAAUGGAGGGCCGCUCCCCACCCAAGAGGAUCCGGAGUCCCCAUUAGACCAACCAUCGCCCACUCCAUCCGAGAAAAAGCAACUGGAGACUAUGUAUGAGGAUGACGAGUCAGCAGAAUACGUAGAUGCAGCGGAGGAUGCAGCAGAAAUGACCCCUGGCAUUGCAGGCACCACAGGCCACGAAGAUUCGCAACUGCCCGAAGCUGCAACAGAAGCUUCCGAUAAUGCGAGAAUGUCCAUCGUGCAUGAAGAAGGGGAGGCGCCUCUAGCGGUAAACGAGAUGGUUGCAUCUUUGCGCUCUAUUGCAGCUGAUGACGAGGAAUUGACGGAUCAAUCCAAUAGCGCUCGCGUCUCCAUUGCAUCCCUGGAUGAUCGACCAAAUCAAAAAGACCCGGAAGUAAUUGAGGGCACUGGGACAUGUGGAAAGCCUAAAUUGACUUCGACGAUACAUCGCCCCAAACGCCAAUCGCCUAGGGAUGCAAGGUCGAUCUCUCCUGCGGAGAGUCAGCCCCUAACGCAAGGGGUGGAGACUAUGUCACUCCCAUCUGCGGCACCAUUCGAGGCUGUCACUUCUAUUGAUCAAGAUGCGACCGAUCGAGAUCAGAACAAAACUAUGAUGAUCUCCACUCCUCCGAUCGGGUCUCCAAAAAGCAAAGAAGACAACGAACUCUCAAAAUUCCAAGAUUCCCUCACCCCUCUCGAAAACUCUCGCCCGUCUUCUGUUUCAGGUGAUUCACAACGGUCCAAAACUCGCCCUCGGCCUGCUCCUUUGGUGGUCACGACCAGCAACAGAAGCUCUUCGACUAUUGAGCGAGCAGCUGUUCAGCGCAUGGCUAUCCGGCCAUCUCUGUCAGUGUCUUCCUCCGUUCACAAUAAAUCGCGUCGCUCUGGGAGCUUCGGUAGCGCUCGCGAGAUCAAACGCCCAGUCACUGCUGGCUCCACUACAUCACAAGUCUCAAACAAACUAAAGGGUCUCAUGGGUCGACCACACGGUGAUGCGCAUUCUGUCCGCAUGCGCAGCUCGUCUGAAACGAGUCGCGCGUCUGGCGCCAGUGGAGAUUCUGCAGAUAACGAGAUCGCCGAUUUGGACAAGUUGAUCAACAGCGACGAGACAAUCCACUUCACUCUUACUCCCAAGAGUGUGAGGGAAAUGACCUUCCCCGAUCCACCCAAUCGACCGAUUCCUCGCUCAUGCACUACGAGCGCCGGUGACGCGCCCGAGCUCCUAAAAACCUCUUCCCCACUAAACGAAGAGAAGCACCGCCCCCAUGCUUCCGUUUCCUCCAAGGCAACUGGGGCUACCGCAGGCACUGCAGGUACUGGAAGCUCCGGAGAAAUGACUAUCGCGUCUCGCACAAGGUCUAUCGAGUCGAAGCACGUCCCACUUUCGGCGCGCAUCACUCCCACUUCAUCAAUAUCGACAUCCAGGUCUAGCAAGGCGGCACAGGCGCGUGAUGAAAGUGCUCCUGCGGAUUCGACGCGUGACUUUGCAGAAUUCAUGAGGUUGACUGGCCCUCCUCCCGCGCCUACUAGCGCGCCUAGCGGUGCAACUACUAAUGCACCUACUAGUACGCGAUCCGACCCGAAAAGAUCUGCCUCAACUGAGAAGACCAGGCCAAUUCGGUCCCCGUCUAGCCAAUCAACGGCAUCCCGCGGCAAUCGACCUAAGCUUCAGGCUCGAUCUGCUGAAACCAAUGGGUCCCCAACAUCAGACCUCAUCGAUUUCAUUCGCGAGGGGCCACCCAUGCCGGCGGGUGCCCAUCGAAUUCCUCGAACUGUGGCACCUUUCCGCAACACAAUCGAUUCCGAUGACCUGCAGAUAGACAACACCAGUUCUGCCGCCAGUACUGGUAACGGGACUACGCCCAACAAGUCCUUGUCUUCUCUUGGCUCGCGGACGGGAUUGUUAGACUCGGCCAACCAGAACAAGGCCACGGCUUCAGGGAGCGCCAUGGCCUUUGAAGAUCCCCAGCCGCCUGCCCGAAAACAACGUCGCGUUCCAGACCCCUAUGCGAUUGACGACGAUGACGAUGACGACCUUCUGGAAGAGCUUCUGGAAUUGGAAGAGAAUCCCAAGCCCAAGCGUGAUGAAGAGAGCCUAAUGGACUUCCUUCGCAAUGCCCCUCCUCCUCCCCCAGCUGAGCAAGCACCUCAGCCAUUUAUGUCGUCAGCUCCCGCCUCACAAAAUCUCCAUGGGGCAGCAGCCAUGAAAGCCCGUCUACUCCGUACUUCUCAGAACUCCCUUCGCUCUCAAAACACCCCCACCAAAGUUCAGACCAACUAUUCUGCUAAAGUUGGCCAGGAACGCAACAACGGCAUAAUGCCUUCUGCGUCAAACCGCAGGACUGAAACCAGUGAUUUGGCGGACUUCUUGCGGAACUCUGCCCCGCCGACCCCUCCCCAGCCUGCACCAAAGGCAAAGGAUGGGGGUAUUUCCCGAUUCUUCACGCGCCGAAAGAAGGCCGAAGCAUAA